AUGGGCAUGAAAUACGUCGCUGCGUACCUCAUGGCUGCCUUGGCAGGCAAGACGCCCACGGCGGAGGAUAUCAAGAGCAUCCUCGAAUCCGUGGAAUCCGAAUACGAUGAAUCGAUUGCCAGCAAGUUGGUGAGCGAGUUGGAUGGCAAAGUGGUCCACGAGGUCGUGGCUGCCGGCAAGGAGAAGCUGAAAGGCUUCGGCGGCGGCGGCGGUGGUGUGGCUGUUGGCGGCGGCGGUGGAGGUGCCGCACCAGCAGCUGGUGGCGGAGCAGAGAAGAAGGAGGAAAAGAAGGUUGUGGAGGAGGAAGAGGAAGAAGAGAUGGAAUUCGAUCUUUUCGGAUAA